GACUUGCUUUGGCUCUGUGGGCACGCUCAGCUGUUUAGAAAGUCAAUUCGUUGCGUUUGGAAUUCAGUCGAACAGAUACAAGCCAAGUGACAACAUCGUUGAAUAGCAGCAACAGCAGCAGUGAAAAGUGAGUGAACAGAACGGUGCAGUGAAGUAGUGGGGUUUCAUGUUGCUGGAGAAGUUGAUGAUGAGUUCGGUUGGGUGGAGGUGAUAGGAGGCCGUGGUGUUACAUGUUUGUUUGUAUGUACAUAUAUGCGUGCGUUGGAUGUCUUCUGCUGCGUGGUGCAAGGAGUUUGUUGUUGAGAAUUCGCAGAGCAUACGCUUGCCAGCCAAUAUCUACAUAAUACGUGCGAAACACAGACAUACAGACAUAUAUACAUAUUUGCAAUCAGUUCGACGUCGUUCAGUUGAUUGCUAGUUUUAAACAAAGUGCCAACAGCCCAUCUUCCGUAACAAUUUCACAACGUGAACUCGCUUACUGCUCGCCAUCUUCCCUACUCUACUUUACUCCCCUACAUGCCUUAAAUGGCAUUACAAUAAGUAAAAAUGUAAGCAAAAGCAGCAGAGACAAAAAGUGAUAUUUACGCCACAAACAACAACAACAGCAAUACACAGAAACUUGAGUGAGUGAGCGAGUUAGUUCGUUAUACAUAUUACGUGUGGCAGAUACAUUUUCUCAAUACAAUUUUGAUUUUGAUAUUCGUACAUACAUAUGUAUGUAUGUAUGUACAUACAUAUUUACAUGUGCAUGUGUGCAUGCAUGCUCGAAAGGAAAUCUAGAAAAAUUCAGUCGCAAUUUAGUGCGACACAAAUUCAGUUGGCAGCAGGCAAAUUAAGUGCAGUGAACAGUAAGUAGCAACGGUAGCAGCAAUAAAUAGGAACGGUAACAGAGCAGCUGAGUGCAGUGAAGUCGGUCGAUAGCGCAGUUUGGCCUUAUAAACUAUAUGUACUUGUACUUGUUUUCGAGGGAGGUGUGUCGCCAAUGCUGCAUUUGAUUAGUACAUACAUACAUACAUACAUAUGUAUGCAUAUUAAAACAAUUUGAAAGCCACAAAAGAAAAAAGCAAAAAAACCGAAAGCUAUGAAAUUUGCGAAGAACUAGGUUUUUUUACCAUAACCACAAGUCCACAGUUUCGCCUAGGACUUAGCAGCAGGCAGGCAGGCAGGUUAUAAGUGCGAUCGGCGACAGCAGCACAAGGAAAUACCAGUUUUGUUAUUGCUGUAAAACUUAUCGACACACGAACGCGUGUGUGCUUGUGGUUUGUGAUUUUUCUGUCUCCCCUGUCGUCGUUUUUUUUUUUUUUUUUUUUUUUUUGUACCUGACGGUCAAUUUGUAGCAGCAUAUACUAAACAUACAUACAUAUACUAAAAAUACAUAUAUACAUACAUACAUACAUACAUAUGUAUGCAGUUAUGUACGCUCGUUCGCUCACUCAGUACUCAGUGCUGCUCAGCCUGCUUGAUUACGAAUUUGUUCACAGAUUGUCGAGAAACAUUCGCUUUUACUGGUAAUCCAACAUCAGUUGACGCUUGGACGUUCAGUCGCGCAUUGGAUUCGGUCGGAAAAACAGCUAACAGUGAAGUGAAAAUAGAAAUAAAAUAAAAACAUAAACGGUGCAUAUUAACUUAUCAAAGUUAUAAAUCGAAAACCAGUCAGCCGUUCAACAGCUGACUUAUCUAAACACCCAUACAUACAUUUGACAGCCAAUUCUGUCAUACGUUUAUUUGAUUUUCUUUGACAAUCGACUUGCAAGAGUCAUUCGUUUGUUUUUUUUUUACUGUGGGGGUGUACUCGUGAUAAGUUGCAGAUCACAACUUCGUUGGCUCUGCAGACGGAAAAACUAAUGGAAGUUUACCUGUGUCCAAAAGUGAAGGCAAAGUUAAGAAUAAGAAGGAUUCAAACGUAUUUUGUUAGUUGUAACGCCGCCAUCACCAGCAGCGACAACAAGACCAACAACAACAACAAAUACAGCAAUCGAAAAACAAACUCAAGUGCCAAUAAAUGCAGUGCAGUGAAAAAUUACAAAACAGCUUAUAACAUAAUAAAAAGUGAAAAUUGUGCAAGUACUUGUGUGAAAACAAAAGCACACAAUUUUGCUACAACACAAACAAAAACAAUUGCAAAUACAACCUUUUGUUGCCCUUCAAUGCAAUCACAUGAGUAUUUUUGCAAGCGAUUUCCUUGUGAAUAAAAUCAAGUGCUGUGUUUAAAAGUAUAAUUGCAAUGAAUGCACCAAAACGUCCAACCAACAAUUUCAAGUUCUACCUACAUACAUACAUAACUACCUGCACAGGUGUUUAUUUAUUUUCCAAGUGCCAGUAAUUAAGCUUAAAUUAGUUGCGUUUGUGGCAAUCCAUUGAAUUGCAAUUCACAAAAAUACCUGUUUGGUAAAUUUAGUUCAUUGUGAUGCAAUAAAAAACAAAAAUCGUGGUCAACAGCGAUCAUAUGUGUUCGAAAUUACAACAAAAUUGACCGAAAUCAAGUGGCGUCAGUGUGUUUUAGUAGCAGCUGUUAAAAGUUGCUAUAAAAAGAAAGUAAAAUAAAAAUUCUGUGCUUAAUCAAAUUUGUCAUAAAGAUUCUGUUUACAAGGUACUGUCUUCAGCAAACAACAAUCACGGUUUUAUUUAUAAUUUGUAAACCAAUUUUGAAUUCAAAAUGGCAUCAUCCAUUAACAACAUCUAACGGAUAAGCCAAAAAGUUUAUCCAUUAAAAAUGCCUAACAAAAAAGCAGUCACCGUUUUUUGAGGUGGAAAGGUCUUUGAAGGUCUUGACAGCAACCGUCGACGGAUCGAAAGCGAAGGCGUGAAAAACGAAUACAGCAGAAGUGUUGAAGUACGGCAAUAAUAAUUUCUAUUAUUUGCCGUAAUCAGCACGACAGGAAGUGAAAGAAGAAGGAUAACUGAAAGGCGGUAAAGUAGGAAAUAGUAAGCAGUUUACUAGGCCAUACCUCAGACACAACUUUGUUCAACCAAAUCAGCCAAAAUGAUACCAACCACAGUCAGCAGUUCCCCCUCCACCGCUACCAUUAGCGGUACCACCGGCAAUAACAACAGUACAAGUAACAAUGGUCAGCUAAACUCGUUGUCGACGCCAACAUCUGGUACUAUUUCGGGCUCUGUCCCCUCACCAGCUUCCGCACAAACGCCCUCGAUCACGUUGGGGCUAGCCUCUUUAAUACUCGAAGGACGCGCCGUAGCUGACGAUGAAUAUCAACCGCAAGCGAUGCGCGUCUCUACCGUAGCCAAUGAUGCUGGCGCUUUGAGUGGAAGUAGUAGCGGCAGCGGCACGGGCAAUGCUGUCGGUAGCAGCAACAUGCACAAUUAUAUUGCCAGCAGUUUACUAGCCAGCACUUCCUAUGGUAUUAGUGGUAGUAGUAGUGGUGCUGUCGGUGGCGGACGUCAAUCGCCUACCUGUCGUCCAUCAACCUCGCGUGCAGCCGCCAGCUUUGUUGGUGGUGGCGUUGGUGUUGGUGUAGGAAGUGGACAUGUGAUCAAUAUAACAACGAAUCCGUAUGCCUUUAGCAACAGUAGCAUGGGUGGCGCACAUGCACAUGACUCCUCUCCGCUCUACAUCGAUCCAUACAGCAACAGCAGCUCAGGAGGAUCUGCCGCAUCAUCGGCAGAGAGUACACACCAACGUUGGACACAGAAAUUGUGUCAAUUGCGGCAGGUCUCGCCAGCCGCUAGCCUCAGUACAACAUACGAGCAACCCGUCGCGGUAGAGGCACGUGAACCCGAGCUAGUUGCGCUUGCUAUAAAUGAGUCGGGAGCAACAGAACGCGGCGACUUCGAAAUCGUCCGACGGUCACUAUUAAAUCGUGCAAACUUGAAUGCAAUUGGCAGCAGCGCAACGUCGACGGCAACAGCAGCGGGUAGCAGUGCCGGUGCAGGCAGCGCAAGCUCUUCUCCCGGCUCCGGCUCGGGCUCUGAGAACUUCUUGCUGUCUCUGCAAUCAUUGGCGACAACCUGUCUGCGCAGUGGCAGCCCCUCAAUUGAGCCAAGUAUCGGGGGCAUGGGUGCGAGUGCCACUGGUACACCUACAGGCUAUCGGUUUGCGACGCUCUCCUCCCCACCACCACCACAGUCAAUGUACAUGUACCGUGCCACCACCCCGACAGCCGCAACUACAGCACAUCGCUUUCUCGACCCACCUGGCUCGGGUAGCAGCUGUGGCAGUGGUGUCCAGUCGCCACGGCCACAUUGGUCUUCACCAGCAGUUGACAACAACAGCAGCAGCCUGCAUCCAAAGGAAAGAUAUAUGCGACAUUCGGCUAUGGGUACAGGACGCAUACCCAUACCAGGCACUGCUGUGAAUGCAACAACAGCAACGACGGCAAUCGCUGCUGCAUCAACAAUAAAUAACACAACGAAAAUAGCGGCUAGCACGGCGACAGCGAUGUCGGCAUCAACAACAGCGUCCAAGUACCCGCAACAAGGGCCGCACUGUGAUCAGUUCCUCAAGAAGAUGGGCCUUGCGAAGGGGGAGGCCGCUGAAGCUGAGGACCAUUUCUGUGAUAUGUCAUACGUAAAUAUAACUUGCUCCCGGUGGCGAGCGUACUGCCAUAAAAUGGAGGCGAUAAUGGGACGUGGUGAACCGAUUUGUAUAGAAGUUUAUUUGGGACCGGUAAACCACAAGAUUCUGCUCGAACAAUGGAUCAUAACUCAAAGAGAAAAAGUUCCUCCGCCCACCAUGACGUUACCGUCACUCUGCAGCGCAAUACGCAGCCAAUUGUAUUUUUCCCAAAUCAGUGCCUGGUGUGAUCUGAUUAAGAAAUCGGAUAAGACCAUAUACGAUACGGGUCGUAUAAUUUUUGCCACACCCACAGGCGCCGCCGGUGAUCUGGCCACACCACUUGGCAGUGCCGGCGGCGCAGGCAGUAGCAACAACAUCAAUAUCACACCGGGUACAUCACCGAACACGCAUACGCUUAAUCAGCUGAAUUGUGUGCUGCAAGCGAAUCGACGACCACGCCUUAAUAUAUUCUACCGCAUCAAGUCAUUUGACUCCACUGCCUGCUUUAAUUCAAAACCAAAUGUACACAAUUUUCCGAAUGUCAACAUUUCGGAGAAUUGUAGCAUUUCGGUUUGUCUCAAAAGUCUUCCACGCAUCAACGGCGGCAUACCGAAGAUCGGUACACUUAUGUUGUGCACUCCUGGGACCACGUCAACAAUAACAGCAGCAACAACGACCACAAUAAUGUCGGCAGUGACGUCGAAGGCAUCGUCAAGCAAAAUCAAAACAACAAUUGCUGCUACACCACCAUCAACAGCAGCCAGCACUUCGCUCUCGUUGACAACCACACCAGGAACCCCGCAAACUCUGGCAGCGUCCAAUGGCAGCGACAAUAGUAGGGGUCCGGCGGCAUUUCGCAACGGCAACAGCUGCUUUAAGUCGGAGGAUACGCCACGCAGCAGUCGUUCAGGGCGUUGUCCGGUGGCGACUACAGCGCUUGGUGAUGUCACCGCUUCUACUUUAGCUUUAAUGCCGGCGACGAGUGGCGCUGCUCAAACACGUGUGUUCAUAAAUAAUCCCCCUGCUGGUAACGAUCCGCCCGCAAGCUCUGUCGACACCACUUCUGCGAUAUCUUCACUAAGCAGCUCAGUCACUGCAAAUUCCUCUCAGCAAGCUGUCUCAAAUGGCAAAAGUGGCGACGGAGUCACUGCGAGUAGCGACAAAGAAAAGACCGAAAGUAGCGGUAGUCACACAAGCUCUUCUCCAAAGCAAAAAUGCAUGUUUUUCAUUGACGAAGACGAGUUGCUAGUAGAUGAGGCUGAUGCUGAGGCAUUUGGCGAUGAGUACAAUAACAUGAGUGACACAACCAAUAGCAUUGGGGAAAGCAUAACUGGCGUAAGUUCCUUUAGCUCCAGCGGCAAUAUAUCUCACCGCGAGAAACAGCUAAUGAAGUACCGCAAGCGUAUGUUGAAACGUGACAAGAUGCAUCAGCACCAACACCACCCACGCAAGCCGCUUUCGACGUCGUCAGAUUCCACGGGCGAACUGGGGGCCACACUGGAGCUACAGCGCAGACAGCAAGAACAGUCUAAGGCGACCAAUGGCUGCCAACCGAUGGAGGAAGGUGACGAAGAUGCGUCAGUAUGUUGCAGCGCCACAGUGACUACGUUGCACGCGCGCACCAGUACGCACAUCGAAAUGAUCUCAACGGGCACACAGACACCCAUGAGUUGUUGUCGACAAUGUGGCUGGGAGAAGACACUUGUGUGUCUGCGUUGCACCGCUGCUGGUAGCAAGCGCCGAGAGCAAGCCAUAGAUGAACCCACCGAACCGGACAUCGACGAUAUGGACGAUUCGACGGCGUCGAGCAUCAGCAGCAGCGAAAUUAUACAAACACCACGCAACAAGGCCGAACUGUUGCUCCAAGCCAUACAGCGCACACCCAAAGCAGCAGCAGCGAAGCACAAGAAGGAGCAGCCACGCAAGCCGUGUGGAAGCAAAGCGCAAAAUAAUAAUCAUUUGAGCGGUGCAGCAUUAGCAAAUGGCAAUGCGGAUGCUGGUGUUGGGAGAGCUGGUAGCAUUAGCAGCUCAAAUGAAAAUACUGGCUCCGGUUGUCAAGUGUGCAAGCGACAAAAAACACAACACAAUUUCGGCAACAGCAAUGUUGCAAAAGUGUCUGUCGUAGCUGGUGAACAAUUGCAAGAAGAGGGCUCUGACGCUGAUGAUGACAUUGGCGAUGACACCGAUGACGAUGGUGGGAAGAAACAUGAGGAUAUUGCAUUUGAUGUGGAUGGCGCCGAACCAGUGGAUGCGAAUCAGUUGUUUGUUGUGGCUGUGGAGGAAUUGCCAGCGACGCCGCUGUGUGUCUUACCGCCGCAUCAAUCCGAAGUAAUGGAAGAGGAGUCCUUUUUAUCAUCCACCAAGCUGACCCCGCAUAUUGAUCGCUGUUCGCUUUCAACCUCGGGUGACCGUGCCGGAGGGGAUCAGACAGUCAGCGGCUGCAAUCGCAGUGAAAACCGUAGCCCGCCCAUCAUUACUGCACUAAUGGAGGGUGGAUGCUUCAAUGAAUCACAGUUUAAGACACCCACCUCCGCAUCGAGCGGAAUUAAGUACGAAACCGCACGCCAGCAGCAGCAACAGCAAUCACUGCAGCGGCAACCAGACGCACAAAAGGCAUUCCAGCACAAACAAACACCCAAACCCAAUUUACUGCAACUACACAGCAAUUAUCUUCAUGGCGAUGCACGUGACCGCAGCAUGCAAGCAGUUGGCGCUUCCGGCGAUGGAUUUUGUGUAUCGCGUGUCAACAACGAGAUGCUGUGCACAACACUUUCUUACUCUACUACGCCAGCCACUAAGUCACACCAGCAGUCUCAACCUGGCGGCCAUAACGCACUGCUGCUGCGCAAGGGCCUGCCCAAGGUGAACCUCACACCCAUAUUCUGCAAUCCAAUGCCCACUACAAUGGGUGCCACCAUAACGAGCUGCCAGUCAUCACCAAUUCCCAUACAUGGUGCUGCACACGAUAACACUUUUUGCUUCGAGCCGACGGCACUCAAUCGUAGCGGCGGCAAUCAAAUGCAACUCCACCACCAACUUAUGCAUUCCAGCAACGGUAAUGAUUCGGCCUCUCUGCUCACCACCGACGCUAAUAAUAUACCUGUACAAAAGUCAUUUUCGGCACCCACGCUACCCAAUUCGCCAUCACUAUCGCCACGUUUUGCCAAACAGGCGGCUAGCUAUAAGCGUCGCUCACGUCAUUUAUCCGAUCGUUCCGAUCGUUCAUCACUAGGUUCGGAUGAGCAAUUUUCCGAUGAAGAUUUGGAAAGUGGUGGCAUGUAUAGUCCAGCUACAUCGCCGUUGAAGCAAUGCGCCCGCGUAGCUGCGGCCUUUGGACGCCAGCGGUUGCUUGGCAAUCUAGAAGAAUCGCUGCUGCAGAAACGUUUGAUGCCCAAAGUAGAAGUGAUGGGCUUCAAGGUACUAUUGGGCGCGUCCGGCGGCUUUUGCCCCACUCAGCUAACCAUACCGGCUGCGGCAUAUUUCUACGAACUGCAUGGCGAGGCGCUGAGUACGCCGUAUGUGUGUGAUAUACGCCUUCCACGCAAAGGCUACUCGGUGCCACGCUCCGGCACUGUACAGGCAACUCUGCUGAAUCCUAUGGGCACUGUAGUGCGUAUGUUCGUUAUACCGUACGAUAUGCGCGACAUGCCACCACUACAUCAAACCUUCAUAAGACAACGGAUACUGGCCGAGGCCAGCACCCACGAAGCGACGACGCAGAAUGUACAGCCAUCUCAACAGUCCGUUAAUAUUGUGGAACAACAAAACGAUAGCAACGGCAUGGUCUACACAAAUGGCUUUGAAAGUAGCGCUGUUGCAUGCGGCGGUGGUGAUGAUACUUUGAACUUAAACAAUAACAACAACGACUGCUAUCAAAAUGGCAAUAACACAGUGAAUGCCAAAAACAAAUAUCGUUUAUCACCUAGUGGCGGCCUGCAUGGCGUAAGCAAUCUCGGACACUUCAUAUCCGCUGAGCAUAUGAAACGCUUACGAUAUUCCAUACAUUUAAGAUUCCAAACGUCACGCUCUGGUCGCCUAUCGCUGCACACCGAUAUACGCUUGUUGAUCUCACGUCGCACCGAUUUAGAUACGGCUGCGGCACAUGCCAAGGGCGUACUAGAGGCGCCUAAUGAUCUCGUCACCGACACCGUUAUGCCGACAAAUCCCAAAUAUAGCGCACGUCAAGACCAAAGUAACAGUAGUGGCGGCAGUGGUGGUGGUGGUAGUAGUGGAAGCAGUACAAAUGUGAUCGCCGCUGCUGCAACAAAUUGUAUAAGUACAACAGCAGCAGCUGCAACGGCAGCAACAACAACAACCAACAACAGUAACGGUAGCGCCAGCAGUAAGAUUUAGUAGUUGGUGCGGGCAGUGCGCACACAAACGCAUCAUUAUUUUUUACUAUUUUGGAAACAAUUGCGUUUACGUUUGCAACAUUGGCACUGCAGUUAUAAUUAAGUGAUGGAGAAGCGGGAGCAGAAGGAGGAGGAGGAGGAGGAGGAGGAGGAGGAGGUGUAGGUGAUAUAGGAGAGGAACAGUUGAUCAGAAGUUGAUGAUGGAGUGCAGACAGCAACCAAAGCAGAGAAACAAAAUAAAACUGAAAAGCAAUCAGCAAAAAAAAAA